AUGUCGAGCUACAGCUUUCAGAGAUCUGUUUUGUCAAGUGCCUCCAAUGAAUCCCCUGAGGAGGUGCGCAAAGAGGCCAGUCCGCUGUCGCCGAUGCCAUUUCUCGUCUCCCGUUUGUAUGCUCCUCAUUACGAAUGCGUCCACUUCUCUCCAGGAGCAUUCCGGCGACAAGGCACGGUGCUGGGCCAAGGAGCGACUUUCAGUGUUGAGAAACAUGCUGUCGAGGAAAUCGGCAUUGGCAUGCUUCAAAAUAUGGAGCUGAGGGAGCAAUAUGCUGCCAAAUGGCCAGUGGUAGCAAUCAAGAGACUUCGAUGCAACUCUCACAUCCCAACGAGGAGUUUUGAAACGAUCGAGAAAGAGCUGAUACUGUUGAUGGCACUUCGUGGCCAUGAACAUGUGGUUCAGAUGAUUGGCAUUGGAUGGGAAACUGCUCCCAUUAGCGGAGAUUACAGGCUCUGGCCAGUCUUGGUCACCGAGUUUGCAGAGUCUGGCAGUCUUGCACACCUUCAAUCGCAAGACUCAAAAUUGCCCUAUCUGACGAAGCGAAGGCUUUGUCUGCAUGUGGCAGCUGGGGUGAAGAGUUUGCAUCAGUUGCAUCUCAUCCAUGGCGACCUGAAGAGUGAGAAUGUCCUUGUAUUCGGAUCAACACCGAAUCAAUUUGUUGCCAAGUUGGCAGAUUUUGGUUAUGUGCCUAUGGAUUAUUCGUUGACGAAUGCCGCUUCGGGCCUCUCUUCUCACGGAAAAUCGACCGCGGCAGCUCGGUUGGGGACUGAUCAAUGGAACCCCCCUGAGCCAUUGGACCUAGGGUCGAAGAACCAUCUCGAAGCGCGAGACGUGUACGCUUGGGGCCUUCUCGUACUCCGUGUCAUGUUGGACGGCAGAAAUCCCUUCGGAAUUCCAACAACAUGGGAAAGAUCGGCCCACGGAUACCAAAGACGCUUUUCUCUAUUAGCCGGGCUUGAAGAAGAGUUGGGUGAUGUGGAAGACGAUCAGAAAAGUGAGACCAAUUCCGUCCAACCAGAGCACUGA